AGCCACCAUCAUUCUCUUCUCCGAAACAAAAAAAAUGUCCGCUGUGUUCUCGUUCAUACCUCCCCCAUUCUCUCAGUUCCCAAACUGUUCAAAUUUGUCUCAUUCUCUUCCCAAAUUACCACCUAAGUUCCUUCACUCAACCUUCCCCUUAAAGAGACCCUUCUCUUCUCUCUCCCCAAGAGCUUCAGUUGGGAGUACAGAGUACGUUAUUGAGCCUGCGACCGAUGUGAAGUUUCCCAAGGAGCUGACUGUUCCGGGCUGCUUAGAUUCCUUAAUAUUGCUUGGCACAGGUUAUAGAGAAAAGGUUUUUGCAAUUAUUGGUGUGAAAGUCUAUGCUUCAGGAUUCUAUGCCAAUUAUUCUAUCAGAGAAUUGUCAGAGUCCUGGAAAGGGAAGUCAGCUGACGAUGUUUUGAAGGAUUCCUCAGUUUUCAUCUCCAUUUUCCAUGCACCCUUUGCAAAAUCAUUAAAAAUAAUGUUAGUAAGAGAUGUUGAUGGUAAGACCUUUUGGAAUGCCUUAAAUGAUGUCAUUUCUCCGAGGAUCAAGGAACCCACAGCUGUGGAUGAAUCUGCACUGUCAAAUUUCCGCAAUACCUUUCAGGGCCGUGAUCUUAAUAAAGGAACCCUCAUACUUCUAACCUGGAUAGAGCCAUCCAAGAUGCUGGUUUCCAUCUCAUCUGAUGGAUUUCCUAGCAAUAUAGAUGCUGAAAUCGAGUCAGUAAAUGUGACUUCAUCCCUCUUUGAUGCUUUCUUUGGAGAAUCUCCUGUAUCCCCUACUUUGAAGGCCUCUGUCUCUAACGGGCUUCUGGCAGUCCUCAACUAGCUUUUAAGCAAGGAGGACUUACCCAAAUAAACCAGCCACAAUGUUUGUGGAGCAAUAGUGAAGUUGAAGAUGGAAGCUCAACCUUAAGAAAUGGAGAUGAAAGCUUUUCUCUAAAAGUGAAACACAUCAGCCCAGAAUCAGGGUAACGGAUGUUGGUGUGGAUGGAUGCAGGUGUCAAGAGGGGAACUGAGUUAGGUGCAAAAAGGCAGCGAAGCUCACAAAUCAACCUAUUGAAUCAUGUGAAUUCUCUUUUUUCUCAAUGAGCUGGUACUUUUUAUUCAAUUUGUACUAAUCUGUACACUACUUUUACCUCCCACUUCAGGAGGGCAAUAUCUGGUUGAAAUAGAGUGGCAUAAAUAGAAAGGGUGAGUAGAUCAUCACAAGAAUUAUUCAUGCA